GGAACGGACCGGGCAAGAUUCUCCGCCACGCGUCCUCGUCGACGAACAUGUUUCGGCCCGACACCAUGUACGAAAUGGUCCGUGUGUAUGGAAGCGUCAGGAUUGAAAUUCUCAAAGUUGAAAUAGUUUGUGAUGCAUAAACUCGAUACCUGUUGGAAGCCCAAUUUCCAAGCGGCGCAUGACAAAUUUGGGUAGAGCCGAAAUCCAGUCUGUAACGCUGCUUGGGUAAGAAAGGCGCUUUAUGUCAUGCUACUUGUUUGGCAGCUCUACUUCUACCCCGCAACAGGCUUACAAUCUGCCCCCCUCGCCUACUCUGCAAGACAGGCACUACCUGGGUUGCAUUUUAUGCAUCGGUUCUGACCCUAUGCCGCUCCGGCCCCUGCGGAGGCUUGCCUCCCCAGCUACGCCGGACAAUGGCAAUGUCGGUGCGGUUGUUUUAGCAUCACAAAUUAUUAUUAUUUCACGUAGUGGCUUCGGUCGGUUUAGCAUCACAAAUUAUUUCAACUUUGACGAUUUCAAUCGUGACGCUUCCAUAGUGUGGGCGGGCUUUUGUUCGGCACCAACCACCCGAUCGACCUGGUACUGCAAGAAAGCGUGUUCUGGAAAAUGGUGGCGCGGGAGCUGUUGCAGCUACGAAUACAUGACGAGGAAGUAAACCGGCGCCAAGAAAGUAAGCAAAUCGUAGCACAAGAUGAACAUCAACACGACAAGGAAAUAGCUCGAACUUCUACUUCUGAAAGAACUAGAACGACAGCACGUACUACAACGAGUCCAUUCGCCCAUUACGAUGCGCUACACGCACGUCUAAUCGCAAAAUACGGGGCGCAGCGAGCAGCGCUGGACUUGCGGCGGUCCACCGUCGAGGAGGCGCACAAAGUGCACAGUGACCUGUUCGUUUUGGCGAGCGACAGGUAUUUCCACCUGUUCAACCUCGAAGAAGAUCCGAAAGGGAUAGAAAAGGAAGGAGAAACAAGAACAGCUGGGACACCGAGUACUGGUGCGACCGACUUAGAUCGCGUUCGUGUUGUGGACGAAAGCGGCGAUGCCGUGUCCCGUGACACCCGUUCGCACCAAGAAAUAGGAGGGCCGCAAAAAGAAGAGUCGGAGUUUCAGCACCAGCCAAUUUUACGCGAGGCACUGUCACACGAGGAAAAGAACAAGGUUCUUUUUGCUAGUAACGCAAACGGAGCAGGUCCUGUACUCCACCAAGGUGGAUCGACACCAACACGAACACGCUUCGCCGGUGUGCCGUUGAAUGUUUUGUCUUGGAAAACGACGUUGAGCCACGUGCGCAAAUCUACGAAGGAGGAGCUUCGCUACGGCCCGUGCUUGCAAAUGCAAAACUGCUUGAAAUUUCCCAGUCUUCCAGCAAACGCCACAAUCGGAACAGUUCCGGCUGGGUAUGACGUUUUCGCGAGCGACCUCGCUUUGGAUUGCAACUCGGGAGCAGGAGGGACGACGUCCUCUGUAACAACUGCGUGGACGGAUCAUCUAGAUCUACUGAAAAAUUUCCCGACCACAAGCGAGGAGGCGAAGAUGCGAAGGCGUGAAGAUCUCACACGGGCGAUGGCCGACAACCGCUGUGCCAGCUAUGAGUUUCUGUACAACACCGCAAUCUCUGGCACUUUUGCAGUAAAUCCAAGUGGUCCCGAUGCGCCAGAGAACCGAAAAGGCAUCGCAACCAACGAGGGCAACGUCGUUUAUCUGUGCCAGCUAUCGAGUGUAAAAGUGUCUGGGUCUGGAAACUUGUGAUGCUGUGUGGCGUAUCAUGAGGAGGCGACAAUUGCUGGCUCAGCAUGACAAGUUUCUGAGCUUCUAGGUGUUGCCUAUUCUGCAUGACAAACUACGUUUCUGCAUGACAGAAAAGUGGGGCUCUUUGCUAAUGUGCAUGACAGACUUAAGAGUCAUGCCAGACAAGCAUGACAAACUUGCAUUCUUCCAGACCCAGACAUUUUUACAUUUGAUACCAGCACCCGCACACCUGCAUUCCCGAGCUUUUGAAUGUCGCGCCAGAAGUGCCACGCGUUGUCGUUUGACCUUGAACCGCAUCAAUAUUCUAGUGCAGAAAAAGGAAUCAAUGAACAAAAUA